UCAAAACCGCGAGCAGCCUCGCCGAGAGAAAGGAAAGAAAGGGAAAAAAAACAUCUUCGACACCGCUUGUCCAGUUGUCCCCUUUUUGUGUUGGAUUUUUCGAGUGGAUUGGCGCACUGAAAAGGGCUAAAUUUUACGCUAAAAAUGGCUGAUGCAGAGCUUGCUAAGGCCCUGAAAGACUUGCCGAACCGAGUGCUGAAUGUGCCCGUCGAGGAGCGGCCGGAACUGUUCCAAAAUGUGAUUGCGGUGCUGCCAAAUCCCGGUAUUAACGCCACCAUCGUGCGGGGCAUAUGCAAAGUGAUCGGAACUACACUCACCAAAUACAAGGAUCCCGAAUCGCAAACGCUCGUGAAAGAGCUGCUGGUGGUGGUGCUAAAGCAACAUCCCGACCUAACGUACGAACACUUCAAUGCCGUGCUGAAGGCACUGCUUACGAAGGAUCUUGCCGGUGCGCCUCCGAUCAAAGCAGCCCAAGCGUCCGCCCUUGCGCUGGGAUGGGCUAAUCUGAUAGCUCAGCAUGCGGACCACGGGACGGCGGUGGGGAGGAAGGAGUUUCCCAAGCUGCUCGAAAUCCAAGCCGGUCUCUACCAGCUGUCCCUGACGUCGGGCAUACAGAAGAUAUCGGACAAAGCGUACAGCUUCGUGCGGGAGUUCUUUGCGAGCGAGGACGGUCUGGCCCAGCGGUACUUCGACAAGCUGCUAGCGCUGGAACCGUCCAGCGGGGUGAUAGUGAUGCUCUGUACAAUUGUUAGGUAUUUGCAGCAGGAGCACGGCUCGGUGGAGCUGCUCGACCAGCACAAAGCCAAGCUGCUCGAUCACCUGGUGAAGGGAUUGAUAACGGUGAAGACAAAGCCGCAUGCGAGCGAUAUCGUCGCCUGCUCGGUACUGUUGAAAGCCAUCACGAAGGACGAACUGCGUACGAUCGUGGUGCCGGCACUGCAACGGUCGAUGCUACGCUCGGCCGAAGUCAUUCUGCGUGCCGUUGGUGCAAUAGUGAACGAAAUCGAGCUGGACGUGAGCGAUUACGCGCUGGAUCUGGGCAAACCGUUGGUGCAGAAUUUGGCCUCCAAGGAGGAAACGGUGCGCCAGGAAGCGGUGGAAUCGUUGAAACAGGUCGCGCUCAAGUGUGCCGCCCCUGGUGCGAUCGAAACAUUGCUCAAGGAGGUGUUUGCCGUGCUGAAUGGGUCCGGCGGAAAGAUAACUGUGGCGGAAUUAAGGAUAAAUCUCCUGCAGGGUGCCGGCAAUUUGAGUUUCAACAAAAUUCCACCACAAAAGAUUCAAACCAUUCUGCCCGCCGCGUGUGAUCACUUUUCGAAGGUGAUCGAGGCAGAAAUACAGGAAAAAGUCGUUUGCCAUGCGCUGGAAAUGUUCGCCCUGUGGACGGUUUAUCACCGUGGAGAGAUACCGACCAAAAUUGUGCAACUGUUCAAGAAGGGGCUGGACGCGAAAGCUCAAACCAUUCGCACGAGCUAUCUGCAAUGGUUUCUGUCCUGUCUGCACGACGGAAAGCUGCCCAAUGGGGUCGAUUUCACCAGCACGCUUUCGAAGAUUGUCGAGCGAGCGGCGCAAAGUCCGGCGCAGACGCCCGUCGUCUCGGAAGGUGUCGGGGCUGCCUGCAUUCUACUGCUGACGAAUCCCAGCGUCAACGAAAAGCUAAAAGACUUCUGGAACAUCGUGCUCGACACGAGCAAGUCACCGUUCCUGAACGAACGGUUCCUCUCGACGACCAACGCCGAAACGCGCUGCUAUGUGAUGGUCAUCUGUGAGCAGCUGCUCACCAAGCACCGGCAUGAGCUGAAGGGGAACAGUUCCGUGGACCCGUUGAUCCGUGCCGCUAUCGUCUGUGUAAUGUCCUCGCAGGCAAAGGUUCGUCGCUACUGUCUACCGCUGCUGGCAAAGAUCGUCAACGGCGAGGAGGGAGUAUCGCUGGCCAAAUGCUUACUAGCUGAACUGACCCGUUACGUGGAAAGCACCAAGCUCCUCAACGAAGGGGACCCGGCUGAAGAGGGUGUAGCGCCACCGCAAGCACUGAUCGAUGCCGUUAACACGACCUGCGGCGUAGAGCAGAUCGCUAACCCGGACGCACAAUCGUUGGCACUUAGUGCACUGCUAUGUUCCCACCAUCCGGCGGCCGCCUCGGUACGCGGUGACCUGUGGGAAAGCAUACUGGAGCGUUACGGGCUGCAGGGAAAGCAGUUUAUCGCGCUGAACACGGCUCAAAUCGAGGAGACGUUCUUCAGCGGUUACAAGGCAACGGCCAUGUACGAGAAUACGCUCGCGACACUGUCACGCAUCAGUCCGGAGCUGAUUCUUUCCGUGCUGGUGAAGAAUGUGACGGAUCAGCUGAACAAUUCGCGCAUGUCGAACGUGACGGACGAGGAGUACUUUACGUAUCUGACACCGGAGGGCGAGCUGUACGACAAGAGCGUGAUACCGAGUACGGACGAGCAGAUACAGACGGCUCAUCUGAAGCGUGAGAAUAAAGCGUACAGCUACAAAGAACAGCUGGAAGAGCUGCAACUCCGCCGCGAGCUGGAAGAGAAACGCCGCAAAGAGGGCAAAUGGAAACCGCCGCAGCUGACACCGAAGCAGAAGGAGGUGAUCGACAAGCAGCGCGAAAAGGAGAACGCCAUCAAGGCACGGCUGCAGGCACUGCACGACACCAUCACGACGCUCAUCUCGCAGAUCGAGGGCGCGGCCAAAGGUACGCCGAAACAGUUGCCCCUCUUUUUCCCCGCCCUGCUGCCGUCGAUACUGCGCGUCUUUGCCUCUCCGCUCGCCGCACCGGCGAUGGUGAAACUGUACUACCGCCUCAAGGACAUCUGUUUCGGGGAGGAUCGGGCGGAGCUGGCGAAGGACAUCGCAAUCGCUACGAUUCGCAUGAGCAAACCGCACUGCGAUCUGGAGGAAAGCUGGUGCACGGCCAACCUGGUAGAGCUGGUGAGCGACAUACUGGUGGCACUGUACGACGAAACGAUCGAUAUGUACAACGUGCAUCGGGAGGAGGAGGGCAGCAAGCGCUACCUGCUCGACGCGCCAGCCUUCAGCUACACGUUCGAGUUUCUCAAGCGAGCGCUCGUACUGCCCGAAGCGAAGAAGGACGAAAGUUUGAUCAUUAAUGGCGUGCAGAUCAUUGCGUACCAUGCACAGCUCAAGGGCGAUACGGUGGACGGGAAGGACCUGGGAGACGUGUAUCAUCCGGCGUACAUGCCACGGCUGGAGAUGAUUCGGUUGCUGUUGCGACUAACCCAACAGCAUAGAGGACGGGUACAAACGCAAUCCGUCGCCGCACUGCUCGAUGUGGCGGAAAGCUGUUCCGGGCGCGAGUACACCACCCGAGCCGAGCAGCGUGAGAUCGACGCGCUGCUGGUGGCGUUGCAGGAAGAGCUGGACGCGGUACGGGAUGUGGCGCUGCGUGCCCUGGCCAUCAUGAUCGACGUGCUGCCCUCGAUUGCGGACGAUUACGAGUUUGGUUUGCGGUUGACGCGCCGCCUGUGGGUGGCGAAGCACGAUCUUUCGCCCGACAUUAAGCUGCUGGCGACCGGCAUCUGGCAGGACGGCGGGUACGAGGUGCCGAUCGUGAUGGCGGACGAGCUGAUGAAGGACGUCAUCCAUCCGGAGCUGUGCGUGCAGAAGGCAGCGGCGGCCGCGCUUGUGUCGAUUCUUGCCGAGGAUUCGUCCACCAUCGAGGGCGUCGUCGAGCAGCUGCUCGAAAUCUAUCGCGAGAAGGUGGUAAUGAUACCGGCCAAGCUCGAUCAGUUCGAUCGUGAAGUUGAACCGGCGAUCGAUCCGUGGGGUCCGCGGCGUGGUGUCGCCAUUGCGCUCGGCAGCAUCUCGCCCUUCCUUACGCCCGAGCUGGUGAAGAGCGUGAUCCAGUUUAUGGUGCGGUCGGGGUUGCGCGAUCGGCAGGAGAUCGUGCACAAGGAGAUGCUGGCGGCGUCGCUCGCGAUCGUUGACCAUCACGGGAAGGAUAGCGUCACCUAUCUGUUGCCCACGUUCGAGUACUUCCUCGACAAGGCACCGAGCAAGGGUGCGUACGAUAACAUUCGCCAGGCGGUGGUCAUUCUGAUGGGUUCGCUCGCGCGCCAUCUGGACCGUGAGGAUGAGCGUAUCCAGCCGAUCAUCGACCGACUGCUGGCAGCGCUCGAAACACCCUCCCAGCAGGUGCAGGAAGCGGUGGCAAACUGCAUUCCACACUUGAUUCCCGCCGUCAAGGACAAAGCGCCCGAGAUCGUGAAGAAGCUGCUCCAGCAGCUGGUCAAGUCGGAGAAGUACGGUGUUCGUCGGGGAGCCGCGUACGGCAUUGCCGGUGUGGUGAAGGGAUUGGGCAUCCUUUCGCUGAAGCAGCUGGACAUUAUGUCGAAGCUAACGCACAACAUCCAGGACAAGAAGAACUGGAAGUCGCGCGAGGGAGCGCUGUUUGCGUUCGAGAUGCUGUGCAGCACACUGGGGCGCCUGUUCGAACCGUACAUCGUGCAUGUGCUGCCGCAUCUGCUGCAGUGCUUCGGCGAUUCGUCCGUGUACGUGCGCCAGGCAGCGGACGAGUGUGCCAAAACGGUGAUGGCCAAACUGUCCGCUCACGGUGUGAAGCUCGUGCUGCCGUCGCUGCUAAACGCCCUCGACGAGGAUUCGUGGCGAACGAAAACGGCCUCGGUCGAGCUGCUCGGAUCGAUGGCGUUCUGUGCCCCGAAGCAGCUGUCCUCCUGCCUGCCAAGCAUCGUUCCGAAGCUGAUGGAAGUGCUGGGGGAUUCGCACAUCAAGGUGCAGGAGGCUGGUGCGAACGCGCUUCGCGUAAUCGGCAGCGUGAUUAAGAAUCCCGAAAUUCAGGCGAUCGUCCCUGUGCUGCUAACGGCGCUGGAAGAUCCAUCGAGCAAAACGUCCGCCUGUCUGCAGUCGCUGCUCGAGACGAAGUUCGUCCACUUUAUCGAUGCACCAUCGCUGGCCCUUAUUAUGCCGGUAGUGCAGCGCGCCUUCAUGGAUCGGUCGACCGAAACGCGCAAGAUGGCGGCACAGAUUAUCGGCAACAUGUACUCGCUUACCGAUCAGAAGGACCUAACGCCCUACCUGCCGAACAUCAUCCCGGGACUGAAGACUUCGCUGCUCGAUCCCGUGCCGGAGGUGCGUGGUGUUUCGGCCCGUGCCCUCGGUGCGAUGGUGCGCGGGAUGGGCGAAUCCUCGUUCGAAGAUCUGCUGCCAUGGUUGAUGCAAACGCUCACAUCGGAAUCGAGCAGUGUCGAUCGGUCGGGAGCGGCCCAGGGUUUGUCGGAGGUGGUCGGAGGCCUGGGUGUGGAGAAGCUGCACAAGCUGAUGCCAGAAAUAAUCGCCACCGCCGAACGGACGGACAUUGCACCGCACGUGAAGGAUGGUUACAUUAUGAUGUUCAUCUACAUGCCGUCUGCGUUCCCGAACGAUUUUACCCCAUACAUUGGGCAGAUUAUCAACCCCAUCCUGAAGGCGCUGGCGGACGAGAAUGAGUACGUGCGCGACACCGCACUGAAGGCCGGUCAGCGUAUCGUGAAUCUGUACGCCGAGUCGGCGAUUACGCUGCUGCUGCCGGAACUGGAGAAGGGUCUGUUUGAUGAUAAUUGGCGCAUUCGGUACAGCUCGGUGCAGCUGCUGGGUGAUUUGCUGUACAAGAUUUCCGGCGUUUCGGGCAAGAUGACGACGCAGACGGCUUCGGAGGAUGACAACUUCGGUACGGAACAGAGCCACAAAGCUAUCAUUCGCAGCUUGGGCGCCGAUCGGCGUAAUCGCGUGCUUGCCGGGCUGUAUAUGGGCCGCAGCGACGUUUCGCUGAUGGUCCGCCAGGCAGCGCUGCACGUGUGGAAGGUUGUGGUCACGAACACUCCGAGGACGCUGCGUGAAAUCUUGCCAACGCUGUUUUCACUGCUGCUGGGCUGUCUGGCCAGCACCAGCUACGACAAGCGCCAGGUGGCUGCCCGUACGCUCGGAGAUUUGGUGCGCAAGCUGGGCGAGCGCGUCCUGCCGGAAAUCAUUCCAAUCCUCGAGCGGGGGCUCAGCUCGGACCAAGCGGACCAGCGACAGGGUGUAUGCAUUGGGCUGUCGGAGAUAAUGGCGUCCACCUCCCGGGACAUGGUGCUCACGUUCGUAAACAGUCUUGUGCCGACCGUACGCAAGGCGCUGGCCGAUCCCCUGCCCGAGGUGCGUCACGCUGCGGCCAAAACGUUCGACUCGCUUCACACAACGGUGGGCGCAAGGGCGCUCGAGGACAUUCUACCCUCCAUGCUGGAGAGCCUUGCCGAUCCCGAUCCGGACGUAGCCGAGUGGACGCUGGAUGGGUUGCGGCAGGUGAUGGCCAUCAAGUCACGCGUCGUGCUACCGUAUCUCAUCCCUCAGCUGACGGCAAAACCGGUCAACACGAAAGCCCUCUCGAUUUUGGCGUCCGUAGCGGGCGAGGCGCUCACCAAGUAUCUGCCCAAGAUACUGCCCGCCCUGUUGGCCGCGCUGGCUGCCGCUCAAGGCACUCCGGAAGAGGUGCAGGAGCUGGAGUACUGCCAGGCGGUGAUUCUGUCCGUCGGCGACGAGGUAGGCAUCCGCACCAUCAUGGACACGGUGAUGGAUUCGACCAAGUCAGAAAUUCCCGAAACGCGCCGUGCGGCCGCAACUCUUCUGUGCGCUUUCUGUACACACUCACCGGGCGAUUACUCGCAGUACGUGCCGCAGUUGCUGCGUGGUCUGCUGUGGCUGCUUGCGGAUGGUGAUCGCGAAGUUCUGCAGCGAUCGUGGGACGCGUUGAACGCUGUCACAAAGACGCUUGAUUCGGCACAACAGAUCGCGCACGUAACCGACGUCAGACAGGCGGUUAAGUUUGCCAGCAGCGAUCUACCGAAGGGUGGCGAACUGCCUGGCUUCUGCCUACCGAAAGGCAUCACACCACUGCUGCCCGUUUUCCGCGAGGCUAUUCUGAACGGACUGCCCGAGGAGAAGGAAAAUGCAGCGCAGGGUUUGGGUGAGGUGAUCAAGCUAACCUCGCCGGCCUCCCUGCAACCGUCGGUGGUGCACAUCACCGGUCCGCUGAUUCGUAUCCUUGGCGAUCGGUUCAAUGCGGGCGUAAAGGCGGCCGUGCUGGAAACGCUGGCCAUUCUCCUGCACAAGGUGGGCAUCAUGCUGAAACAGUUCCUGCCCCAGCUGCAGACCACCUUCCUGAAGGCGCUGCACGAUCCCAGCCGCACGGUGCGCAUCAAGGCGGGUCACGCACUGGCGGAACUGAUCGUCAUCCACACCAGACCCGAUCCGCUGUUCGUGGAGAUGCACAACGGCAUCAAGAACGCGGACGAUUCGGCCGUUCGCGAGACGAUGCUGCAAGCGUUGCGUGGCAUCGUGACGCCGGCCGGGGACAAGAUGACGGAACCGUUGCGGAAACAGAUCUACACCACGCUGGCCGGUAUGCUCUCACACCCGGAAGAUGUUAGCCGUGCAGCAGCGGCCGGUUGCUUUGGUGCGCUAUGCCGCUGGCUAACUGCGGAGCAGGUGGACGAUGCCCUCGCGAGCCAUAUGCUGAACGAAGACUAUGGAGAGGAUGCCACGCUACGGCACGGGCGUACGGCGGCAUUGUUCGUCGCGCUCAAGGAACAUCCCUCCGGCAUUGUAACGGCCAAAUAUGAGCCGAAAAUUUGCAAAAUCAUCACGGGAGCGCUCGUGUCGGAUAAGAUACCGGUUGCGAUGAACGGCGUGCGUGCCGGCGGCUAUCUGCUGCAGUACGGCAUGACGGACGGUGCGGCCAAACUGUCCACCACCGUCAUCGCACCGUUCGUCAAAUCGAUGAAUCACAGCAGCAACGAGGUAAAGCAGCUGCUCGCCAAAACCUGCACCUAUCUGGCGCGUGUCGUGCCGGCGGAACGGAUCGCGCCCGAGUAUCUGAAGCUCGCCAUUCCGAUGCUGGUCAACGGAACGAAGGAAAAGAACGGCUACGUGCGGUCCAACUCGGAGAUUGCGCUCGUGCAUGUGCUGCGGUUGCGGGACGGUGAAGAGUUCCACCAGCGUUGCAUCACGCUGCUCGAACCGGGCGCCCGGGAAUCGCUCAGCGAGGUCGUCAGCAAGGUGCUGCGUAAGGUGGCGCUGCAGGCGGUCGGCAAGGAAGAGGAGCUGGACGACACGAUUCUCACGUGAUCAGCAAUUGGCCGUAGUCAGCAAGGGGAAGACGAUGUGGCGGGAGCAAAACCCGCCGAGGGAUUCGGGUGGCCAACACUGCGAGACGGAAGGCUAUCGCACCGUGGUGCGUUUGGUUGGAAGUUGGCGAAGGUCAGCAACCGGCUGGUUGCCAGUUUUAGCCCCACCAUUCACAGUCAGUGGCAUCAUCAUCAUCAUAAUGGACGUUUUGUAUUGGCGCAACUAGUACCACUAUUAUUACUAUUACCACUACUGCUACUAAACCUGUCGUACAAUAUCAAACCCGGAGAAUAAAUACAUUCAAACGUGC